UGGAGGAGUAGAUGCUCGGUUUGUAGAUCGACUAUCAGAGAGACACACAUGUCCGGUAUGUCUUGUCGCAUUGAGAGAACCAAUGAUGACUAAAUGUGGCCAUUUGUUUUGUAACGACUGUGUGAGGCCCUUGGCAAGGCGUGGCCGCGUUGUGUGUCCUGUGUGUAGAGAGGAACAGAAGGAAUCAGAAAUCUAUCCAAACAACUAUGAUAAAAGAGAAAUAAUGAGUCUGAAGAUCUACUGUGAUCAACAAGAGAAGGGAUGCAAGUGGAAAGGAGAACUAAGGAAAAGAGAAAGACACAACGAGACUUGUGGGUAUGCUGAUGUUCUAUGCGAAAAUGAAUGUGGAGAAAUGGUGAAGAGAAAGCGUAUGGGCUAUCAUCUGCAAAGAGUGUGCAUGAACAGGCAAGUCGAUUGUGGCUACUGUAACACCACAGUGACAUUCAAAUUUCGGAAUGAUCACCAUGGAAAAUGUGAGAUGUUUAGACUCGCAUGUGAAUAUUGUGGACAAGGAGUGGUGAGAAGAGAGAUGAAUGAACAUGUCAGUAAGGAUGGGACAUGCCCUAACAGUCCAUUAGAAUGUGAAUUCAGGGAAGCAGGUUGUCCGUGUAUUGGCAAUAGAAAUGAAAUGACAAUGCAUGUACAAAAUGAGCUUGCAUUUCAUCUUAGUCUUUUGAUGAAACAACAAUCCAAUACCAAGUCAUCACUCUCAGCCACCAAGUCUUUACUUUCAUUCACAAGAGCUUGCCUUGCUAAAAAGGAAUAUGAACUUGAGAACUUGAAAUCAUUUGUUACAGAGAAGAUUGGAAUGCCCGUUUCUCAAGCUGACAUUUGUGUGUUUGAGUGGAAUAUAACCAAUUGGUCAAAAUGGAAGAUGAGAUCAGAUGUGGAUUCAUUGAUUGCCACACUGUCAGAGCCAUUUUACACAAAACCAAAAGGAUACCGUUUGCGUCUCUUGCUUUAUCCAGCUGGACAUGACGUAUAUAAAGGGUCUUAUGUCUCUGUUCAUGUUUUGGUGUUUGCACGAGAGUAUGAUUAUGAUGUUCAGCUUCCGAAGCGCCAGCACUGCAAGUUCUCAUUCACUUUAAUAGACCAACAACAUGAUGCAAUGAAUGUUGUUGCAAGACGGGAAAACACACUCGAUCUUAUUCCUACAAGACGUAGCGUAGUGUUUGUGAGGGAGCAGGGAAAUAAAGACUCUAUUAUUCCUUACACGACAUUAGAAAGCAUCAAUGACUUUAUAAGUCAUGAACAAUUGAACUCACGAUCCUACAUUCGGAAUAAUGAAAUUUUUAUUCAAUUUUGUCUUCAACUUAACUUGCCCUAACUACAAUGUGAGCAAGACUUGCAAUCAUCAAGUGUGCUGAAGUGAACACGAAUUUGUUUUGUGCUGUGAUGGUUGGUGGUUUGUAAUGUAUUGCUACAGUUCUAGAUGCAAAGUGAAUGUGGUGUGUGAUACUUUUUUCGUCGUACUUUUGUAUGUGAACAUUGAAUUUUGUAAAUACCCCUGCUAUUAUGUCAUUGUCUGAAACUUUGAGUGAGUUUAGUAGUGUGAUACACACGGCGAUUGCAGGCAAAAAGACUGAUGUAUUAUAAGUAAGCGAUGUAUUAUAU